UCCUUGCUAUGCACAAUGCCUCCGAGGUCAUAUAGAGGAUUCCUUUCGGCCCUCCCCCUGGUACUUCUUCUAGCUCUCCCGAUCUGCUCCCGUUCCCGAGGCCUUCUUCAGCACCCGCUCAAUGACCGUUCAGGAACAACCACUUAGCAAUCUCGCCAAUUCGGCACAACAUCGGUACGGCUAUAUGCGCAAAGCAGAGCACAGCUAUGCUUCGCCGGCGCCUAUACCCUUUCAUCCUGGCUUAUAUGAUAUUAUGCACAACGUGUUAUUGUACAAGUUUGUUACCCCCCACCAGCUGCAGCCGCAUGCAACGUAUCUCCGCCGGCCGCGCCACAUCCGCGUGCGGGAAGAGGGGAAGUUACGAUAUAUGCAUGUUCAAUGGCGAAGAGGAGGUGAUGACUCUAUGUGAGAAGCCAGCCGCCCAGGGCUCACAGUGUACGAUCGACCGCAAUACAGCGCAAUGCGGCGAGCGUAUUCCGGCUUACUCAUGGUGUUCGCCAGCAGCUGCUGCUCACUCAGUAGUACUCCACGGCUACCCAUGGGCUGAACCACAGGAGGACAAAAUGUUGUACGAAGCCGACCAACUGCCGGUAAGUAAGGGUAUAUACUUCCUGAAUUCAUAUGUAAUAACAUCUGUCCAACCAAAAAAGCGCACGGGUCGGUCAUCCAAUACAUUGCCAGCAGCUGGCUAGUGCGAGCGCCCAAGAGAGGCUGGUCACCUGCUUACGAGCGCCCAAUGGUCAGGCGUGAUUCUGAUAUAUGUGGAUCAGCUUAGGAGACCCUAGCACCUCAUGUCCGCCGGACAUGCCGUAUAUGUGCACCUCAUGCAUUUCAAUCUCCGUAAAAUCCACUGCGCU